AUGAUAGCGACAGGCGGUCUGCUGCGCAUCUCGUCUAGGCGCCAGGACUCGCUCCGCUCCAAAAACCGGGCGGAGAACAAGCGGAAGAGGAAAACCAGGAGGCGGAGGAAGAACGACGUGGUGGUGGUGAAGGGCAAGCUGCAGCUGUGCUCCGUAUCCGGGCUGGUGGCCGCUGUGGGGGUGACGGUUAUGUUGGUGGGGGUAGCCAUGGCUGUGCUGGGCUACUGGCCGAGGGAGAGUCCAGCCUACCCUGAGGAAGGAACCCACCUCGAGCAGCAUCUGCCCAAACGAGCCAAUCGGACGAGCGGCAGUAAGACGUCACCCCAGGUAGGUGGCACCAACAUUGGCCAUGGGAACGGCACUGUGAGUCAGACUGAGCCUCCCUUAGGCUUCCUUGCAGAAUUCCUGGACAGAUACCUGUAUUCUGACAAGCUGAAGGUCUUUGGCCCCCUGACCAUGGGAAUUGGCAUAUUCCUCUUCAUCUGUGCCAAUGCCGUCCUACAUGAGAACAGAGACAGAAAGACUAAGAUCAUCAACCUUAGGGACAUUUAUUCCACUGUCAUCGACAUCCACAGUUUAAGGACCAAAGAUUGCAGUCCCCUCAAUGGCUUUGUCAACUACGUGCAGUCUAGGAGUAUAGACGGUAAGUCAGGCCCCUCUUACAGUGCUGCUGUGCUUGCCAGGAGCUCGUGGCCCUCUACUGUGUCUGGCAAGCAACAGGAGAAAGGGGAAAAUGGCCAGUCGAGACAGCAGUCCUUCAUGAGGCAGUGUGGCAUGUCUCGGGAGAGGCAGACUUUCACCGAUACGGUCUAUAGCAUAUACCGGGACCAGAACAGGACCUCCGAAAGGGUCCCAGUGCCUAAACAAUGGGAGACCAGGUCCAUCGUCACCUCUUCCGUUAACGCUUUUACACUUCCCGUCAUCAAACUGAACAACUGCGUACUGGAAGAGUGUAGGCGGUUGGAGGAGGCCAGUGCCGGGAGGGACUCCCAAGACUCAGAGGAGACCCAGGCCAGCUGCAACCAUGCUUCCCCUAUAUCCUCCAGCGCCAUGGAAAGCAAAGGCGAGGCGCCAACAGACUCAAUGGACACAGUUGGCCCGCAGGGGCCAUCAUGGGCUUCCCAGCAGGGCUUGCAGAGCCAGCUCCUCCCUCCAUUCCCUGGGCAAAGGCUGACAGGGUCACACCUAUCCCUCAGCGCCCUCCCGGAUUACCCCACCUCUGCCGAGCUAGGAGAUUCCUCCGGAGCGGCAGAUGGCGGGCAUGGGGAGCGGACAAGGCGCCUCAGCUGUCCCCGCCUGGAGCGGUCCAACAGCAAGGGCUACAUCAAACUCGGGGACUUGAUGGGAGAGUCCUUUGAGUCGCCCGACGCAGUCGACUCGGGUAGCAGGCUCGCUCAGGGACGGGGCCACCCGACUGUGGGUGACUCGCAGGAGAUUCGCCAGGCCGCCUCCCACAGCGCAAUGCCAGAGCAAUACUCCAGCAAGGAAAAGCUCUUGGCGCUUGGCCAACCGCGGCCCGCUGCGGUUGACGCAGGCCUCAAGGGCGACAGUAUUUGAAGCGUCUUCUGACAACCUCUAUUGCACAAAGUUUGUGGAAGGACAAGCGACGUCGUAUGAAUGAUUCAUGGCCACGUUAAUUGACAGCAUAAAUGAGUAGUGUGUCUAAUUCUUGAUUAAAUGUCUGUAAUUAUAAGUCUAAGUACAGCCCAUUAAUGUUUUAUUAGGAAUUUAUAUAUGCAGUUUGCUAAGUUCUGACCCCCCCCCC